GUCCGAUUGGGAAACCGCCGGCCACAUCGCUCCUCUUGAGUCACAAUCCUGCCACCCACUGCUAUCGGUAGUCUCCGCUGAUCUCUUUCCCGGAAUUUGGCCCAUCGCUCGCGCCAUGGGAUCUCGAGCGUUUGACAGCUCACCACAGCAACGCAAUGCCUCUUGCUGGAUUCUCGGUACUAUCCGGCAAACUCGAGACCCAGCCACCUGCGGCCGGGCUUGGCGAAUUGAGCCAUUCAGGGCGGCCAUUGAGGCCCAACCGAGGACGAAUGGCGAGGCGGGCACAAUCGCUGUCAGACGCAUCGGACUGGCAGUUCCAGUGAGUGCCAUUGCAGCGAGCGGCAGGGAUGCCAGCUCACAGGCGCAGAUGCCGGGACACCCGUUGACCGAGGGGUAGAAAUAUGCCCUCUGUCUCGGGUCCUCGAUGGAGUUGAUCCAGAGACCAUUGCAGCAUCACUGCAAUGAGAUAUCUGUGCAACCUCAGCGUUUACAUCACGGUCGAAGCCGCCACCCUCAUCGGACUCACCUUUGUCGCUGCCACUUCAUACCUCUACCACUCCGUCAUGGCGAGGAAAAAGAAGACGGGUGCCGCCAAGCCCCCCCAGUCGACUGGUUCCACACCCGCAGCACCCACAGCAGCGGCCGCGUCAAAAGGUGCCGAUGCCAAAGGCUUUGCCCAGGCAAAGCCGGCCGCCGGUGCGGCUCCCGUGAUGAAGCAAGCCGAUUCCAGACCGGAAAACUCGCCCUACGGAAGCCCCUCCUGCACCAUCCCCUUCGCCAGCCCGCUCACAGUGCCGUUGGAGAUCCUUAAGAAGAGCCCCAAGCUGCAUGCGGCCUACGAGCUCCGGCUGCCGGAGCUCCCGGCUAUCCCCGAGGGCGUCGGCCACGUGCUUGUCCACUACCUUCACACCGGCACCUACGAGUCCCUCAAGCCGAAGCCGACCGACGCCAUGUCCAAGCAGAUCUGUGAGCUCAAGACGAGCAUACAGACGUACGCCGCCGCGAGGACAUACGACCUCCCGGAGCUCAUGCGCCUGGCCGAAGCCAAGAUCGAGAAAUACGGCAAGGGCCUUCCUCUUCCCGCCCUGCUCGAAGUGGCUCGGGAUGCCUACCCAAACUUGACCGAGGGGGACGCUUGGUUUCUCAACUAUCUCAGGUCGCGCAUCCGCCCCCACCUGAAGGACCCAAAGUCGCUGAUGGGGUCCAACCUGCUGGACCAAAUCAGCGGCAUUCUCUCGCCCAACAGGGUCCUUCUUAGAACGGUGCUCGAGCUCUUCUGCGAGCGGAUCGUUGUUCGGCCAGAAGCCACCACCCCUCCAGCGGCCAGCACUAUCGCCAGCCCCGUCACCAGCCCGGGCACCUCCAGGCCUGUGUCGCCUCACCCUCCUGCCUCUUCCAUGUCGCUGCUCGAGAUGAGGUCGAGAUCCGUCGUCCGAGAGGAAUACACGCCUGCUCGGAAACCCCAAAAGGCGACGCCCUGGCCGUCGCCCGACAACAUGUCGGAGGCGUCAUGGGCGAGGUCCAUGUCCCCUGACCCUGUGCUCCCGGAGACAGUCCCGCCAAAGUUUGAGGCCAAUCCGGUUGCGGACGCGAAGCCCCCGGUUACGCCGUUCCUGGAGCUUGGCCCUGUCAUUCGCGACGCCGUGCCCUCGCCGGGCCCAUCGAUCAAGUCCAAGGCUGAAGAAGGUGAACCCGAACCUCAGCCCGCCCCCGAGUCAGAAGUCAAGGGUGCCAUUGAGCCCAAAGCCAAGGCUACUGAACCGAAGGUGGAGGAUGCAGAACAGGAGGUCAAGUCCGUUGAACCGGAGGUCAAGGCUGCUGAGCCGGAGGUCAAGGCUGCUGAGCCGGAGGUCAAGGCUGCUGAGCCUGAGGUCAAGGCUGCUGAACCUGAGAUCAAGGCUGCUGAACCUGAGAUCAAGGCUGCUGAGCCGGAGGUCAAGCCUGCUGAGCCGGAGGUCGAAGCCACUGAACCGGAGGCCAAGCCCGUCCCUGAGCCCGAGGUCAGCAUCGCCAUCGAGCCCGAACCCAAGGCCGAGCUUGAGGUCGAGCUGCCUGCCGAACCUAAGGCUGAGCCUUCUAUUGUCCCCCCCGUCGACGCCCUACCCAAGCGUGCAGUCGAGGUCCCCACCGAGGGGCCUGUCGAGACCGAGGCGACGACCGCUGUUGAACCAGAAGCCAAGAAGGUGGAGGACAUUUCCGAGCCGGCGGCCUCGAUCGCUCAGAGGGAGCGGAAGGAUUCCGGCAAGGGAAUCGAUUUGGAACCCCUUCCGAAGGAGCUCGACUCUUCUCCCGAGCACGUGUCCGAGCUCGAGCCUGAUUCCAAGCGUCAGCCUCACAUUAGGCCGCAAGUGCUUCGGGAAGCAGACUCGGGAUUCUGGGAAGGACCCGAUGUUGAACCCGGCAAGGAACCCGCUCCCUCCAUCGUCGAACUUGAGGAGUCCGUGGCCGAGCCUGCCCCGAAGGUUGCACACGAGUUGGAAGCCAUUGCCGGGCCCAAGGACGGCCCGGGCGUGGAGAUUCGUGACUUUGCCAACGCUGAUGCGACUGUCGAAAGCGAGUCUGACAAGCGCGCUGAGACGGAAACCGAUGCAACGAAGGAAGCCGUUCUGGACUCCCAGCCGACACAAGUCAAUUCCGAGGCGGUCGCCAACAUUCUGCCCAAAGAGCUCGAGUCCCAGCCCGAGCCGGAACCCCUGCCGACCAGGUCGACCGAGGCAGCACCGGAACAGUCUGCCGAUGCAGCAACCCUUGUGUCCGAGAUUGGCUCAGCCCGAGAAGUGCCAGAGACGGCCGAGAGAAAGGAAGUUAAGGCCCAGCCGGAGACAGAGAAGGUAGAGCCGGUUCCGAGGGGUCCAGAACAAGAGUCAUUGCUAACCAUUCGGCAGGUACAAAAGGAGACCGUCGAGCUUCAAGAGGUGGCGAAAUCGGAGCCCGAGCCCGAGCCCCAGACGGACUCGUCGGAGCCUGUCCAUCUUCCCGACGUUGCUGAGUCCGCUGGGUCCGUUGAGACCAAAGCGGCUCAGCCCGGCGUCGAGUCGGAGCCGGAGCCCUCUGGGAAGCCCGAGGUUCAAGACGCCAACAGUGACUCCGCCGUCCACGCCCCCAGCGGUGAUGCUGGUGCCGUCGAACCCGCGGUUACUCUCGGUGCAAAGCCUGCGACAGAGCAGGAGGGUGCAAAGACUGAAGCCGACGGGGCUGGUAGCCAGCCCUGCAGCGCUCAGGUGAGGCAGCGGAGCUGGAAGAGGCGGUUCCUGAGCCUCCGGUACCCGGUCCUCUUCGGCCGGGGCAUGUGACUAGCUCGGCCCACGUCCGCGGUGUCUCGAGUUAGUGUGUCGGCACUGACAGGCGGUGUCAAGGGCAACAAGGUUCUCACCAUGACGACUCCUACGGCACACGACCCCCAAAUGCAAGAACCCUGUACAGUCUCCUUUGUCGGCACGAGUCAUGAUUCUCCUUCGUCUCGGUCUUCUUCUUCUUCUUCUUCUUCUUCGAUUUCUUCGCCUCCGGCUUUGUCUUCUUCGGCCCCACUCGUUUCUGGCCUCUCGCUCGGACUUGCACUGGCUUUCACUUCAUCUGGCUGUUCUUCUUCAUCGGCUUCGGGUUGCGACGGCACGGCAUUAGAUUGGGCAUUGCUGGGCUCGCUGAUGUUUCAAC